AAAUGAGAGAAGAAUGCAGGAUAGCCUUCAGGGUCUUCUGCCAUUCCCCACUUCGGGGCCAAUCCUGCCCUCGCGAUUGAUGUCAGUCGUUCUGCUCAACACUCGUUCGUCGGCUGCUUCUGUGACUUGGAAAAGAAGGCCAAUCGAAAACUACUAACUACUUAAAAAAAUAAAAAAGGGUGUGCACUGUUUGGAAAAAUCACCGCAAUAUACCAGAUUUAUAUUGAAUAAUCAACAGCCAGAUUCAGAAAUGUUUACAGUGUCGGUAACUUUAUUACUACUGUUUUGUUAUUCCACUGCACAAGAAGUUGAAAAUCAAGAGCUAACAUCUCCAGAUACUGUGACAAAUACAUUAAUGGAUACACGAUAUAACAUAACAGAAGUUGUUGACAACAACGACUCGAUUAUUGAGAUAAAACAGAUGGAAGAAACUAUACCAGAAACUACACCAGAAACAGCACCAAUUUUCACAACGGUGCAAAGCACAACACAAGAGGAAAAGACAACAAUACUCUUCUCUAAUUUUUACACCCUCCCGCCAGAAAGACCGGAACAGAUUGAAGAAUAUGACCAAGAAUAUGAAAAAGAGACAAAUCGUUAUUUGGAAGACCACCCGUGCAAAAGGAAUUGUUUGAAUGCCACCAGUACGGUCUGCAACUACCGUUUUGUGCUGGAGCAUUACCACACGAUGAGCAAAGCUUGUCAUAAUUGUCCGCAUAAUUUGUCUCAUUGUUACUUCAAAGACUGUGUGGCCGGUGAUGGAGUCGAGAGGACUAUUUUGACUAUCAAUAGAAAAUUUCCUGGACCCCUCAUUGAGGUGUGUGAAGGAGAUGAAGUUAUUGUUGAUGUUGAAAACCAUCUGAAAGACGGCACGACUUCAAUUCAUUGGCAUGGUAUACAACAGAAAUACACUCCUUACAUGGACGGUGUUCCUUUUGUAACUCAAUGUCCUAUCAUGCCGAUGACUACAUUCAGAUAUCAGAUCAGACCGAAUCCAGGGACACAUUUUUGGCAUUCGCACAUUGGUUUACAGCGCGGUGAGGGUGUUUAUGGGCCGUUGAUUGUUAAAAAGAGAUCUGACAUUUAUGCUCCUUUGUACGACAUGGAUUUGAGCGAGCAUAUCAUCGUUGUUCAAGACUGGAUACACAAACCUGGGGAAAGUGCUUUUGCUAAGCAUUACCAUUCAAACGGAAAGAACAAAGCUGACACUUUACUCAUAAAUGGGCGUGGUCAAUUUCAAGAAUUUGUUGAUGACAAUGGAAGACUGGUUUAUACACCAUUUUCCAGUUUUACAGUGAAAAAGGGUCUUAAAUAUAGGUUCAGGCUAAUAAAUUCAGGAAUAUUGAACUGCCCUAUUGAGAUGAAAAUUGAUAAUCAUACUAUUUUGGCUAUCAGCAGUGACGGUCAAGAUAUACAACUUGUCAAAGUCGAUUCAUUAAUAUCAUAUGCUGGCGAAAGAUGGGAUUUUAUUCUAGAAGCCAGCGCUCCAGUUGGAAAUUAUUGGAUUAGAUUCAGGGGAUUGAUGGACUGCGAUGAAAGAUUUAAAGCAGCUCAUUCUGCUAGCAUAUUGCACUACGAAGAUGCGAAUUUGAAAAAACCCUCAGAAACCUUGAGCUACGAAGCAGCUAAAGGGCAGGGAAAGGUUUUGAAUCCAUUUAAUGUAGACUGUAAAGGACUUCUUUGCAUGAACAACCUUUUUAAAAGCAAAUUUUUGGAAAGGAAAGAUGUCAACAAGGAGCCAGACCAAAAGUUUAUUUUUUCCUAUGAUUUCCACCCUUUGGACAAUCCGAAGUACCAUAAAACACCAGAAUAUGGUUUUUCCAAAGUGAAAACUGAUCGUGCUGUUUACACGCCACAACUGAAUCAUAUAUCUCUUAGCUUACCGUCGUUUCCCCUUCUCAGUCAAUAUUAUGAUAUUAAACCAGAGAUGCUGUGUGAAAAUCAACUUACUUUUAAUUGUAACAGCGAAUAUUGUGAAUGCACAAAUGUUGUUAACGUCAACUUAGGCGACUUGGUUGAAGUUAUAUUAAUUGAUCUAGGUGUCACAUACGAUGCAAAUCAUCCAUUUCACCUGCAUGGCCACUACUUUGAUAUAGUGGCUGUUGAAAAAGUAGGGAAAAACACGACUGUUCAGCAAAUAGAAGAGUUGGAUGCAAAAGGCAUGAUAAAAAGGAAUUUGAUUAAUCCUGUCACAAAAGAUACAGUGAACGUUCCAGACGGCGGAUACACCAUAAUCAGAUUCUACGCAGACAACCCAGGCUAUUGGCUGUUUCAUUGCCACUUGGAAUGGCAUUCUGAACUUGGAAUGGGGCUUGUCUUCAAAGUUGGACAACACUCGGAGUUUCCGCCAGUGCCCAGAGGUUUUCCAAAAUGUGGAAACUAUAUGCCGUCAGAGGAAAUGUCAAAUAACCCCGAAACCUCAGAAAAUGAGGUCAUUUAUGAAAUCCAUGCAAAUGAGAUUCCUCGAUUUGUAAAAAAUACGUCUUUUGACAAUACUCAAAAUAUUUUUACGAAAUGGUGGCGAAGAAAUAGUUCAACUUUGGUGAAACAGUCCGUUUUAAAUGUGAUAUCUUUGUUAUUAAUUUCUCUUACAUUUUAUUGAGAAACUGAAUCAGAAAGUCAUUUGAAUAUCAAAUUAUCUGUGGUAAUAACUUCCUACAUAGAAAAGAAAUCCUUUUCAUCAUUUAGAAAUAAAUUGUUACCCUAUGUUAAAUUCCAAAGGAUUUAAAUAAUUGGAAUUGAUAUAAUUAAAAACUGUCUGUGAUAUUUAUGCAAUAUUUUUAACAAUAAAUAUGUUUAAAACAUAUAAAUU